AUGAAUAACACAGAUAACAAUUCCAUCUCUUUGCUACAUAUAAUGUACAAUGAGAUACUAUCUUUGAAGGCAGGCCAAGAAAAGGCCAAACUUGAAAUGAAGGCACAGAUCUCAGAGUUGAAGCUCGAAAUGAAGAUGAGCAUCGAAGAUUUGAAUUUGGAGAUUACAGCUCUCCAGAGCCAACUGGAGAAUAGAAACAUUCCUAACCAACACACUUCGCCUUCUGUCUCUGUCAUUUCUAGUGCUAAUAUCAUCCGCAAACCAGUGAGCAUAUUCCAUGAUAUAACUUUAAAGCAUAUUGUUGUGAAUGAGUAUUGA